CCUGCUCCCAUCUCUUCUCUCUUUCCUCUCUCUCUACUCCUCCCCACCUCUUUCCCUGCAGAGCUGAUGGGCUUUCUUCUGGGAAAGUCGAGCCACUGAUGGAACCAAGAAGCCACUGCUGGCUAUAGAGGAAAGCACGCGGCAGCGGCGCGGGCGCUGUCCAGCGUGCUGAAGCCGGAACGAGCGAGUCUCCCAGAGCCGCGCGGACCCAGCUGAGCCCAACCCACUGGACGCCAGAACUCGACCAUCGCUCCUAUCCCAGCCACUGCUCGGAGCCGAGGCGGACGCGUCCCGAUCUUCCCCUGUCCCCACCCCGCCCCGACCCGACCCUCCUCUCCACCUCCCGCAUCGUGACACCAGCUGUCUCCGGCAGUCCUCUGGUCAUGAAAUCGCUCAGGUUGCCGGCUUCCACCCUCUUCUGCUUCCUUCUACUGAUCAAGGGGUUGGGAGCAGCGCCCCCGGGGCACCCUGAGGCGCAGCCACCUCCCCUCAGCUCUGAACAUAAAGAGCCGGUAGCUGGGGAAGCAGUGCCCGGGCCGAAGGAUGUUAGCGCCCCAGAGGUCCGAGCCGCUCGAAAUUCUGAGCCUCAGGACGAGGAAGAGCUUUUCCAGGGCGUGGAUCCCCGGGCGCUGGCCGCAGUGCUGCUGCAGGCACUUGACCGCCCGGGCUCGCCUCCGGCGCCCGGCGGCUCCCAGCAGGAGCCAAAGGAAGAAGCAGCAGAAGCUCUGCUGACCGAGACCGUGCGCAGCCAGACCCACAGCCUCCCGGCGCCAGAGACCCAGGCACCUGCGGCCCCGCCUCGCGCUCAGACUCAGGAGAAUGGUCCCGAGGCUGGCGACCCCUCCGAAGAGCUCGAGGCGCUAGCUUCCCUGCUCCAGGAACUGCGAGAUUUCAGUCCGAGCAACGCCAAGCGCCAGCAAGAGACAGCGGCAGCAGAGACGGAAACUCGCACGCACACGCUGACCCGAGUCAACCUGGAGAGCCCCGGGCCGGAGCGCGUGUGGCGCGCUUCGUGGGGAGAGUUCCAGGCGCGAGUCCCGGAGCGCGCGCCCCUGCCACCCCCUGCUCCCCCUCAAUUCCAGGCGCGUAUGCCGGAGAGUGGGCCCCUUCCUGAAGCCCACCAGUUCGGGGAAGGAGUGUCCUCCCCCAAAACACAUCUAGGUGAGGCAUUGGCACCCCUAUCCAAGGCGUACCAAAGCCUGGGUGCCCCUUUCCCCAAGGCGCGCCGUCCGGAGAGCUCACUCCUGGGCGGCUCUGAGGCGGGGGAGCGCCUUCUACAGCAAGGGCUGGCGCAAGUAGAGGCCGGGCGGCGGCAGGCAGAGGCCACACGGCAGGCCGCGGCGCAGGAAGAGCGGCUGGCAGACCUCGCCUCCGACCUGCUGCUCCAGUAUUUGCUGCAGGGCGGGGCCCGGCAGCGAGGCCUUGGGGGUCGGGGGCUGCAGGAGAAGGAGGAGGAGCGAGAGAGCGAGAGGGUGGAUGCGGAGGCGGAGCAGGAGAGACGCGGCGGGGCGGAGAGGGUGGGGGAAGAGGAUGAGGAGGCGGCGGAGGCGGAGGCAGAGGCGGAGGAGGCUGAGAGGGCGCGGCAGAACGCGCUGCUGUUCGCAGAGGAGGAGGACGGGGAAGCCGGAGCCGAGGACAAGCGCUCCCAGGAAGAGAUGCCCGGCCACCGUCGGAAGGAGGCUGAGGGGGCAGAGGAGGGCGGGGAGGAGGACGACGACGAUGAAGAGAUGGACCCUCAGACGAUCGACAGCCUCAUUGAGCUGUCCACCAAACUCCACCUGCCAGCGGACGACGUGGUCAGCAUCAUCGAGGAGGUGGAGGAGAAGCGGAAGCGGAAGAAGAACGCCCCUCCCGAGCCCGUGCCGCACCCCCGGGCCGCCCCCGCCCCCACCCACGUCCGUUCCCCGCAGCCCCCGCCCCCUGUCCCCGCCCCCGCCCGCGAGGAGCUGCCCGACUGGAACGAGGUGCUCCCGCCCUGGGAUCGCGAGGAGGACGAGUUGUUUCCCCCCGGGCCCUACCACCCUUUUCCCAAUUAUAUCCGGCCGCGGACACUGCAGCCGCCCGCUGCCUCGCGCCGCCGCCACUACCACCACGCCCUGCCGCCUUCGCACCACUAUCCUGACCGGGAGGCCCAGGCGCGGCGCGCGCAGGAGGAGGCGGAGGCGGAGGAGCGCCGGAUGCAGGAGCAGGAGGAGCUGGAGAAUUAUAUCGAGCACGUGCUGCUCCGGCGCCCGUGACCUGCCCUGGCUCCGCCCCCGUGCGCCGCUACCGCGUGCGCUGCCACCCCCCUCCGUGUUUCUCCUCUCCCUUCUUGGUGUUUGCAUGCACCCCAGCCCCGCCCCUGGCCGCCUCCCGGCCCCGCCCCCGCCCUCGGGUCGCCCCGCCCUCGGGCUGCGCCGGGACCCGUCAGACCGCUUCCCGGAUUCCAAGCCCGAACACCCCAGACUCACUCAAGGAGGCCCCCCGGGGCCACCCCAGGCGGGCGGGUGGUUUGUGCGAAUCACCCUCCCCCACCCCACCGGGCCUCUGUCCCCACCUAGUCCCUCUCGGGACGUCCCCGUCCAAAACCGGAAAAAGCUGUUCCAGUUAAUUGUGUGAAGAAGUGUCUGUCUCCUGCCCUUGGGCCUCCCAGGAGCCUCUCCACCCUCUCCAGAUCGCUGUGAAUUUACCUAUUCUUUCCCUUCUCUGUUGUAAAUACCCCUCACGGAGGAAAUAGUUUUGCUAAGAAAUAAAAGUGACUAUUUUAUUAGGA